CCCUAGCUAGAGAGAUGGGAAGAGCAAAGAUUGCGAUUAAGAGGAUCGAUGAUUCAACGAACAGGCAAGUGACUUUCUCAAAGAGAAGAAGUGGAUUGCUCAAGAAAGCGAGGGAGCUUUCGAUCCUCUGCGACGCACAAGUUGGUGUUAUCGUCUUCUCCAGCUCCGGCAAGCUCUAUGAAUAUGGAAGCUCCAGCAUGAAAUCUAUUAUUGACGGUUACAAUGAACAAAAAGGGGAUCACUCUAAGCUUAUAGAUCCUGCUUCAGAAGUCAAGUUUUGGCGAAGAGAAGCAACAGUCUUGAGGCAACAACUUCGACAUUUGCAAGAAUGCUACAGGCAAUUGAUGGGUGAACAACUUUCUAGUUUGAGCAAUAAUGACUUGCGAAAUUUGGAAAAUCAACUGGGGAUAAGUUUAAGAAAUGUCCGGAUCAAAAAGGAACAAGUUUUAAAGGAUGAGAUUAAAGGGCUGCAACAAAAGGGAUAUCAAUAUAGUCAAGAAAACGUAGAACUCUAUAAAAGGAUUGAAGUCAUUAGUAAAGAAAAUGCAGAAUUACAGAAGAUUACAGCUGCUUUAGCAACGGCUCUUUCCUGUAGGAAGAUCAAGUUUUCUGCAGGGAAGAUAGAAUCAAAACAGCAUCAAUUCCCAUAUAUUUGA